GCCUGAUAGUACUUACUUACUACCAACUCAUAUCUGGUCUUCAUGCGCCCAGAAAAGCCCAGAAACGCUUCAAAGAGUCUUUACAUCACUUGACCAAGUCACCUGGACAGGGCUACUGCUGCCGACUCCCGGGCGUGGGUCGUCUCGUGACUGACCGUCGGCCCGCCGCCCCUCCUGCACGUUAAGCGACAUGUAUAAAGAUCAUCGGGGCCGGCGGUGGCUCUCAUCCCACGAUGCUUCUCCGAAUCGCGUCGCUGAUAUUGGGCGCCGCACUCUGCAGCGCGAAGACCCACGGGAGCUGGCCGGAUCCGCUGCCGAUCAAAGGCCCGUUCUUCUUCGUGCACGAUCCCAGCCUCGUGCAGCGCCACGACGGGAAGUACUUCCUCUUCACGACACACGACAAGGCGGGCAUCGUCACCGCGUCCAAACUCGAAGGCCCGUGGACGCCCGUGGGCUCGAUCCUGCCGCACAACUCGAGCAUUCAGCUGCCGGGACGCGACGAUAUCUGGGCCCCCGACGUUUCCCUGCACAACGGAGAAUACUUCGCGUACUACUCUGUGUCGACGUUUGGGUCGCAGAACUCCGGCAUCGGGCUUGCGACGAGCAGGUCCAUGGAGCCCGGGACCUGGACGGACCACGGGCUGGUUUUCAAUUCCACGACCGGGGACAACUUCAAUGCGAUCGAUCCCAACCUCAGCAUCGACGAGAGCGGGAAGCCGAUUCUCUCCUUUGGGUCUUUCUGGGACGACAUCUUCCAAGUCGACCUGAGCAAGGAUCUCAAGACUGUGAUCAGCAGCCCCGUCCAGGUAUCCUUCAACGGCACAAACCCGCAGCCCGAGGAGGGCUCCUUUGUGUGGAAGCACGGCAAGUUCUACUAUCUCUUCGUCAGCAGUGGGCUCUGCUGCGGGUUUGCUGCGGAUGCGCUGCCCCCCGCCGGUAACGAAUACAAGGUGCGUCGAGACUGGUCACCCACUCCACGAAUGGGAGGGAGGUGCAUAACCGAAUGGCAGGUCUUUGUCGGGCGCUCGAAAUCCGCACACGGCCCUUUCCUGGACAAACACGGCGUCGAUAUGCGGCAGACGGGCGGGACGCUCGUCCUCGGCUCCCACGGCAACGUCUACGCGCCCGGCGGCCAGGUGAUCUUCACAGACAAAAAGACGCAGAGGGACGUGUUUGUGUACCACUACGUCCCCGUCGACAGCCCCUCGCCCUACAACGACACCUUCUCCAGCCUCGGGUUGAACGGGAUCGACUGGAGCUCGGUGCGUCGUUCUUUUCUCGUUUCGGUCCCGUGUCUGUGGCUGAUGGGCGCACGAGGGCUGGCCGGUUUUGACGGAGCUGGAGGCGUAAAAUGGAUUGCUGCUUGUCUUGUGAUUACCGCUAAGUACUCGACUCAAUUUCUAUCAAAUAUACGGAAGUUGCUGCGUGAUCUCGGGCUGUCGUCUGGUCUUCUGCAUGCGUCUAGCUUGACAUUUUCGUUGAGGACAGCGCUGAUUCGGCGUUUCUGUUGUUCGCACAAGAUCUACGGCGCGGUUAGCCGGGCUUGGUGCUUAGUUUGGAACAUACCUCGAGAUGGAUCCUGAAGUCCUUCACAUCCCGGAUACACCGCAUGAGGGUGAGCGACCGUCCCUGAAGCACAACCGCUCUCAGCCGCCGACCAACCGAGCGCGAAUCCGAAAGCGUGUCUUCCCGCAUCACGGAGACACGGGUGCGCAAGCUGGGGCCA